GCGACACCCACGCGUUCAUUCAGCCGGUGUGGAUGAUGCGAAACAGUCCUCAACUGUAACUUCUCUCUUGUUUUAAAUCUCGUCUGCGGAAUCGAUAAGUUUUAAAGUUAUCACGAUGUGCGGUAUAUGGGCGUUAUUCGGCAGCGAUGAAUGUCUGUCGGUUCAGUGCACCAGCGCCAUGAAGAUCGCGCAUCGCGGACCAGACGCGUUCCGCUUCGAGAAUGUCAACGGCUACACCAACUGCUGCUUCGGGUUCCACCGGCUGGCCAUCGUGGACCAGCUGUACGGCAUGCAGCCGCUGCGCAUCAAGAAGUUCCCGCACCUGUGGCUCUGCUACAACGGCGAGAUCUACAACCACCUCCGACUGAAGAAUGUGUUUGAGUUCGAGCACCAGACGAAGGUGGACGGGGAGAUCCUGCUGCACCUGUACGACCGCUUCGGCGUGGACAAGAUGGCGGCUCUGCUGGACGGCGUGUUUGCGUUCGUGCUGCUGGACACGGCCGACAGGAAGGUGUUUCUGGGACGCGACACCUACGGCGUCAGACCCAUGUUCAAGCUGCUCACGCACGACGGGUUCCUCGCCGUCUGCUCUGAGGCCAAAGGCCUGACCCAGAUCAGCCACUCCAUGGCGUCUCAGCCCAGUGUGGUGGCGUUCCCUCCUGGUCACUACGAGGCGUUCCACCUGAAGCCCUCUGGGAAGGUGGAGUCCCUCCACAUGGAGCGCUUCCACAGCUGCACGGACGCGCCCGCUCACGCCGCAUACGACGCCGUCGGCAAACUCCCCGCAGGCUUCCAGAUGGAUGAGGUGAAGAGGAACGUCAGGACGCUGUUUGAGAACGCCGUCAAGAAGCGUCUCAUGGCCCACAGGAGGAUCGGCUGCCUCCUCUCAGGUGGGCUGGACUCCAGCCUGGUGGCGGCUACGCUGGUGAAGUUGGCCAAGCAGGAGGAGCUGCAGUACCCCGUCCAGACCUUCGCCAUCGGGGCCGAGGACAGCCCCGACAUCCAGGCCGCACGCAAGGUGGCUGCGCACAUCGGCAGUGAGCACCACGAGGUGUGCUUCAGCCCAGAGGAGGGCAUCAAGGCCGUGGAGGAGGUCAUCGUGCACCUGGAGUGCUACGACAUCACCACCAUCCGGGCUUCUGUAGGCAUGUACCUGGUGUCUAAGUUCAUCCGGGAGAAGACGGACAGUGUGGUCAUCUUUUCUGGAGAGGGCUCCGAUGAGCUCACACAGGGAUACAUCUACUUCCACAAGGCUCCCUCCCCUAAAGCUGCGCAUGAGGAGUGUGUUCGCCUGCUGAAGGAGCUCUACCUGUUCGACGUGCUGAGAGCAGAUCGCACCACUGCUGCUCACGGGUUGGAGCUGCGUGUGCCCUUCCUGGACCACAGAUUCACGGCGUACUACCUGUCCUUACCUGAGGAGAUCAGAGUGCCCAAGGACGGCGUGGAGAAGUUUCUCUUGCGGGAUGCGUUUGCAGGUGAGGACCUGAUACCUGAUGAGGUUCUGUGGAGACGCAAGGAGGCCUUCAGCGACGGACUCAUGUCAGUCAAGAAGUCCUGGUACACCAGCCUACAGGAGCACAUCGAGUCUGAGGUGAAUGACUCAGACCUGGAGGGGGCUGCUAAGACGUUCCCCUUCAACCCCCCCAGGACCAAAGAGGCGUUCUACUUCCGGCGGCUCUUCCAGAAGCACUACCCUGGACGCUGCGAGUGGACUCCCCACUUCUGGAUGCCCCGCUGGAUCAACGCCACCGACCCCUCCGCUAGAACCCUGUCCAUCUACAAGCCCGACAAGGACGAGUAGAACCUGUUAGAACCCUGUCCAUCUACAAACCCGACAAGGACGAGUAGAACCUGCUAGAACCCUGUCCAUCUACAAACCCGACAAGGACGAGUAGAACCUGUUAGAACCCUGUCCAUCUACAAACCCGACAAGGACGAGUAGAACCUGCUAGAACCCUGUCCAUCUACAAACCCGACAAGGACGAGUAGAACCUGUUAGAACCCUGCCCAUCUACUAACCCGACAAGGACGAGUCGAACCUGUUAGAACCCUGCCCAUCUACAAACCCCUUAACGACCAGUAGAACACACACACACACACACACAUCAUGACCACCAUUGUACCCAGUAAGAAAGUAACCUGAAAGACUGCUGCUUAUAUAUACACACACACACACACACACACUCACACUCACACUCACACUCACACUCACACUCACACUCACACACACACUCACUCACUUUCACACACACCAGCCCAAAGGCCACGUUUAGAAAGGAAUAUUCAAUUAUACCGAUGAUGCAUAGCAUGAUAUUGUUGUUCUAUAAAUGGAAUCCUACUGAGGGGUCAAAAGGUCAAAUGCAUAACACUGAUGAUGCAUAGGAUAAUAUAGACCUCUGAGGUUCGCCCACUAAAAAGACCCAAAACUGCCUAAUUGAAGCUAACUUCCUAUGGCAAGUUGCAUUGCAAGUUAGCUCUGGGGUAGCAAAAAUCUUUGUUUUGCCGUCUUAACGGACACAAAAAAGUUUGCCGUCUUAACGUAUCGCUUAUCACACUACCCAGUCAAAGGUAGAGGGUGUUGAGCAUAACGUCUGCAUUUCAGGCGUCUUCGUGUUUAAAAGGUGUGAUCAUUCAAAAUCCCCAUGUUAUUUUUCCAUAGGAACAUUUGCAAGAUACCGUAUCUCAAAGAUGGCAGUUUAUUUGUAGGUGAACUUCAGAGGUCUAUUGUUCUAUAAAUAUACACACACACACACACACAUACUUCAGAGGUCUAUUGUUCUAUAAAUAGAGUCCUCCUGAGAGGUCAAAGGUUAAAUGUGUCGCUGCCAUGUUUCAUGCUACUGGUGAACGCCACACCCCCAACCCUUCCCAUGUUGCCAUAGGCCCCCAUGCAUCAAUCAAACUUGAAACUCCCGGCUUUAGAGUCUAAACGCCAAGUCCGUUACCUGUGUGCCCCAUUACCUGUGUGCUGUGUGCCCCAUUACCUGUGUUCCCCAUUACCUGUGUGCCCCAUUACCUGUGUUCCACAUUACCUGUGUUCCCCAUUACCUGUGUUCCACAUUACCCGUGUUCCCCAUUACCUGUGUGCUGUGCUCCCCAUUACCCGUGUUCCCCAUUACCUGUGUGCCCCAUUACCUGUGUGCCCCAUUACCUGUGUGCUGUGUUCCCCAUUACCUGUGUUCCACAUUACCCAUGUUCCCCAUUACCUGUGUGCCCCAUUACCUGUGUGCCCCAUUACCUGUGUGCCCCAUUACCUGUGUGCUGUGUUCCCCAUUACCUGUGUUCCACAUUACCCAUGUUCCCCAUUACCUGUGUGCCCCAUUACCUGUGUGCCCCAUUACCUGUGUGCCCUAUUACCUGUGCGCUUCACCAGUGGCAGACAGAAAUGAUCCGGAUCAUUCAUGUGAUGGAAUCCGGUCGGACUGGAACCCCUUGCUGUGAAUCCCUUUCAUCCUCCUCUCCUGUUCUCCUCCUGAAUCUCUUUCAUCCUCCUCUCCUGUUAUCCUCCUGAAUCCCUUUCAUCCCCCUCUCCUGUUCUCCUCCUGAAUCUCUUUCAUCCUCUCCUGUUCUCCUCCUGAAUCCCUUUCAUCCUCCUCUCCUCCUGUUCUCCUCCUGAAUCCCUUUCAUCCUCCUCUCCUGUUAUCCUCCUGAAUCUCUUUCAUCCUCCCCUCCUUAUGCUUUUGUUCACUUCUUAAAUCGCUUGUAACUUUGUGCAAGUGUGUGUCGCUGUGAUGAACCUGGACCUAAGCAUAUAUAUUUUUUGCAUUUUUCAGCAUAUUUUUUUAAAUGUCUCAGUUCUAUUAAAAAAGGGCCAUUCAUACCAUGAAGGAUAGCUAUAAGGAUUUGAGUGUUCGUUAUAAUUCUAGUUUAGGUGGUUGUCAUCAUUAGCUGGAGGGACUUUUUUGCUUUUAUCGUUAUAGCUAUCGAUCUUUAUUGUCGUUAUAGCUAUCGAUCUAUAUUAUCGUUACAGCUAUCCAUCUUUAUUAUCGUUAUAGCUAUCGAUCUUGGUAUGAACAGUUUUUCUCACAUUACACUCUUAGAAAAAAGGAUCUAUAUAGAACCAAAUCCAUGCUUCAUAUACGGUACCUCUAAAUGGUUCUUUAAACCAUUUUGAAGGAUUCAUUAAAGGAACCCCUAAGGCUGCAUGGUUCUAUAUAGCACCCCAAGGACCCUUUUUUAAGAGUGUAUGUGAUUUAUAAAAUGUACAAUACAUUUAAAGUAACAUUUAUUUUUUUUCUAUCUGUAAGGAUGCAGUUACCAAAUAGGAACAGAACAGUUUAUCAUAGAGACCUGUGGUAAACAUAUUCUGCACAGAAAUGGUUUGUGGUAUCUAUAGGAAACUAUUCUGCACAGAAAUGGUAUGCGGUAUCUUUAGUAACAGAAUGGUAUGUGGUAUCAUUCUACCACACAAUAAAGUGCUCUGCUGCUCUCAG